GCGAGGACGAGAGACGGCGAGCGAGAAACGGCGAGAGAGAAAUAGAGAGAGAGAGAGAGAGUUGGAGAGAAAAGGGGAAAAAAGAAGCAGCACUCGGCUUUGCCAGCGGUCGUACGCGUUCGUCCAACAUUGAUUCGGUUCUCUCCUUUUUUUUUCUUCCUCUUCUGUGCUCUGCUCUCCCAGGCCCCCCCGCUUGUGUGUGUGUCUCUGAGUCUUGCGCGGGGCCCACAGAUCUGAGUAAACACCAAUACCAAUUACCCUUUGCCAAGGACUUUUUUUUAGGGUUAUUUCUCUCUCUGCUUUUUUGGGUGGGGGGGAAGCGUAAAAGAAGAAGUGUUUAUUUUGAAUGCGUUUAUUCCAGUUAUUAUACUGAAAGUGUUUUGAAUUUUUUUUCCACAACAGAAAUCCUGUCAACCGUUUUCUAUUUUUGAUUCUAGUUAUUCUAUUUUGCGCAUUGCUUUUCUUCAGUCCUUUUUCGAAUUUAUUGUUAUGUCUUUCCGUGGUAGAUUGAACCAUUAAGCUGACGGCGGUGUCACUCUUUCUGUCCACCCCCAGCAACAAGGGGGGAACCUUGUUUUGUUUUAAACUUUGUUCCACUGCUUAUUGUGAGCCACUGGACAUUUUAACAUCUUCAGCUAAUUGUCUUUGUGCACUCCCCCCCCCCCACAAUUUUUUCCCUCUUCUAAUUUUUCUACCCCUAAGCGAACCAGCACUUGCUGUACAUUUGGGAACGCAGGGGGGUGAAAAAAUUGGUGCGGUGGAGUUUUUUCUUUUUUUUUCAUUCUGAACGCUGUGCCAAAUUUAUGAUGAGAGUGCAAAAUGGAUGAAUUUCACCCCUUCAUCGAGGCCCUACUGCCCCACGUCCGCGCCUUCUCCUACACGUGGUUCAACCUGCAGGCUCGCAAGCGCAAGUACUUCAAGAAGCACGAGAAGCGGAUGACCAAGGACGAGGAGCGCGCCGUCAAGGACGAGCUCCUGGGCGAGAAGCCCGAGAUCAAGCAGAAGUGGGCGUCGCGCCUGCUGGCCAAGCUCCGCAAGGACAUCCGGCCCGAGUUCCGCGAGGACUUUGUGCUCACCAUCACGGGGAAGAAGCCGCCCUGCUGCGUGCUGUCCAACCCCGACCAGAAGGGCAAGAUCCGCCGCAUCGACUGCCUCCGCCAGGCGGACAAGGUGUGGCGGCUGGACCUGGUGAUGGUCAUCCUAUUCAAGGGCAGCCCCCUGGAGAGCACGGACGGGGAGCGGCUGGUCAAGUCGCCCCAGUGCUCCAACCACGGCCUGUGCGUCCAGCCGCACCACAUCGGCGUGUCCGUCAAGGAGCUGGACCUCUACCUGGCCUACUUCGUCCAUUCGCCAGGUCAGUGGUUCACCACCCCCCCUGCCAUGAUAGCUUGAUAUGGCUGUUCUUCU